CAGACCCCAAACUUGGGGAAAAUAUCGCUAUUCGUGGCUUGUAUUGUAUUGUAGCUUCGCAAUUGCAGCUUCGCUUCGGCUACAGACUCAGUUUCAGAUCCAACGCGAGCGACUAUAAUCAAGGUGCGACUAUAUCUUUGGCGGUGGCUCCAAGUUUUCCAGCCGCCCUGCCCCCCGAAAGUUUCGGAUCUUGCUUGCGUUUCGGGUUUCUAAUUUCGGACCCCCGAUUUCCGAUUUCUUCUGCUUACGGAUCGCGAAGUAAUUCUUCAGGGAGUUGGCACAUCGUCGGCGAAUUCUUGAGGAGAUUGCGAGGAAAGCGACGGAAUCCAGGAGGUUCUCCACUGGAGGCAUCCAUGGAGCUCCCGCUGGAGGUCAGGCUAUCCUUGCAACCAUCGAAAAAGGCUGAGAAUGCCAAAGGACUUUAGGAGAGCUCUUGUUAAGGGUAAGACAAACCACUCAACUUUCUCGGGGAUCGAAGAAGCAGUAGAAAAAAAGAAACACCUGUAAAAAUAACAGAACCCCAAGGAGGAAGUCCCAUUAGGGGAUCCCUGAUCUAACAGGACAUGAAUGAGCAGCCGCAUUAGGUCUCGUUCUCUCAAAAAAGAACCCCACUGAAGGAGCAACUAGAACCUCAUCCAGAGGCACCACUCACCCUCAAUCCGCUGAUGGCUCUGGCCAGCGGAGGAGACGACAGAAUGGACGACAGCAGCAGCGGACGCACCUCGCUGGCGGACAGCGCCAGUCUCACCAACUCCUCCAUGCGCAGCGGCACCUCCUCGCAGAACGUACGCGUCGAUGGCACAAUCCGGGUGUUUAACUAUAUGAGCAACGACUAUGAGCACUUCUAUCACACGAUGUUGUGCGAGGAGAUCUGCAAUGCGAUGUGCCGCGUGCUGGGCAUUGCCCCAUAUGCCCAGCUGCUCUUUGGGAUACGGGAGCACGCCACUUCGCGUCGCCAAUCGCCGGAGGUGCGUUUGGAUCUCACGUGGGCGCUCCCCGGGGAGCGACUCAGCUGCCAGCUGGUCUACUGCUUCCGGAUGCGAUUCCGGGUGCCCGAAUUGGACAGCCAGCUGGAGCAGAUCGAUGGACGGAGCCACAAGUUCCUCUACGCCCAGAUGCGCUACGACAUGCGCAACGAACUAAUCCCGGAGAUACGCUAUCCGGAGCACAAGGACGACACCACGGGCCUGGCGGUGAUGGACAUGCUGAUCGACGACCAAGAGCAGACGCCGGAUCAGCAGGCGGUGCGCUCCAUCGAGAAGUUGUACAAAAUGUAUUUGCCAGCGAGGUUGUGGCGGGCUCACGGCUUCUUUGUGGGCACCAAAAUCCGCGAGGUGUUCCGCAAUCUGAAGGCCAACUCGCCAAAUGUGGAGCGCCUCAAGUGGCACUAUGUGCACCAAAUUGCCCACCUGGCGCCCACCUACAUGACCGAGCAGUUCACCUGCACCGUUCAGUAUCUGCCCAACGAGACGCUGCCCCGCGGCGGUGCGCCCAUCGGCGCCAGUCUGUCCAACUCGGUGAGCAACUCCACGUCGACGCUGGCCACCACCGGGUCCACCAACACACUGUCCACGCUCACCGGGAAUCCCAGUCAGGGCGCCAAUGGCGACGGCAGCAGCGGCAGCGGCAAGAAGGGCAAACGACGAUCCACCAGCACCGGAAUCGAUGUCUAUGUGCGGGUCUUUCCACACGACUCCCUGGAGCCGGGUCUCAAGGUGGCCAGAGUCACCUCAGAAGCCGCACUCAAGUGGAUUCUCGUUGGUGGCGUGGAGGGAAUAUUCAUGAUCUCCAAAAUGAGCGACACCGAUGUAAGGCUCGAAAUCGUGGGCCUGCCCAAAGGCUACGAAAUGCACUUUCAGACGGAGAAGGAAAUGAAGUCGUUUAUCUCCUAUGUGGGCAUCUAUAUCAGAUUGUCCAUCAAGUGGAUGCAGGACUUGUGCCACUCCUACCGCACGCCCUCCUUGGAAGAGCUGAGCUCCCUCUACUGCCAUGGACCAAUCGGCGGAGCCUAUUCGCUGAUGAAGCUGCACGAAAACGGGGACAAGUGUGGCAGCUACAUUGUGCGCGAGUGCGAUCGCGAAUACAACAUAUACUACAUUGAUAUCAACACCAAAAUAGUGGCCAAAAAGACCGAUCAGGAGCGUUGCAAGACGGAGACAUUUAGGAUUGUGCGCAAGGACUCGCAGUGGAAGCUGAGCUACAACAAUGCGGAGCACGUGCUGAACUCGCUGCAUGAGGUGGCGCACUUCAUCCAGGCGGACAGUCCCGAUCGGUUUCGCAUACCCGCCUCGAAGUACGACAAGCCACCGCUGCUGCUCCUGCUGCUGCCAAAGAACCUCAAGGCCAAAAAGACUGACCUGCAACUCAGCGAGGCGGAGCUGCAGCGCCGCAAUCCGCAGAUCUUCAAUCCCAAGACGGAUCUGCAGUGGUAUCCAGAUUCGACUGCGCUUAGCGACGAUGACAUGAUGUUCACGAUGCGCGGCGAUUGGAUCCAACAGAGUCCCGUAAAGGAUGUCGCUGUGACAUUGAAGAUGCUGAAGAGCGACGGAAAUUUCGUGGAGUUCUUCCGGCUGGCACAAACCUGGAGCCUCAUCCAAUCGCCGCAGUUCCUCAAGCUGUACGGCCUAACCCUUGCGGAUCCGUACACAAUGGUCAUGGAGUACUCGCGCUAUGGGCCGCUAAACAAGUUCCUGCACUCGGUGCCACACGUCAGUCUGAAUUGUCUCCUUGACCUAAUGCACGGAUUGGUGCGCGGUAUGCACUAUCUGCAGGACAACAUGAUUAUCCACAACUACAUACGGUGCAGCAAUCUGUACGUGACCAAAUAUGACCCAUCCUCGUACGUGCUUGAUGCCAAAAUCAGUGAUCCCGGCUAUCCACGACCCUACCGAGAAUCCGACUCGGCGUGGAUACCCACCAAGUAUUACCGAAACCUGCAGGCGGCCAAGCAGGACAAGACCACCCAGUUGUGGGCGUUCGCCACCACCAUUUACGAGAUCUUCUCGCGUUGCAAGGUGGAUCUGCGGACCAUGCGGCAGGAUCAGCUGCUCAGGCAGAGAAAUAUCGAUGGCAACAUACUCGUCACACUCGAUACGGAACUGUGUCCCGCACUGAUGUUCGAGACAAUCAUGGACGGGUGGUCCGAUGUCGAGGAGAAGCAGUUCAGUCACCACGACAUCUUCUCCCGCCUCACCAGAAUCAAGGAGGAAAUACUGCCCAACUAUAUGCCACCGCCUGAGAUCGCAACAAAUGGCAUUGGCGAUGAGGAAGUGGUGGAGGUAAGGAGCGACCUGCCCCGCCACUAUCCCUUCCCCGGAUCGCACAUGUUGAUGGUAAUAGAACUGGCCAACGAAUGCCGAGUGGUCUACAACAUGGCGAACAAGAUCGGCCAGGGUCACUAUGGCACCGUCUACAAGGGCCAUCUGGAAUUCAACGACAAGGAUCAGCCGCGGGAGCAGGUUGCCAUCAAGAUGCUAAACACCAUGCAGGUGUCGACCGACUUCCAUCGCGAGAUCGGCAUCAUGCGCACUUUGGAUCACCCCAAUGUCGUCAAGUUCAAGUACUGGGCGGAAAAGUCGCACUGCAUCAUCAUGGAGUACCUGUCCAACUCCUUCGAAACCUACCUGCGGUUCCAGUCGCCCAAUCUCAACGAUCCGCGCCUCGUCAGCUUCGCUUUGGACAUUGCGCAAGGUAUGAAAUAUUUGUCCGGCAUGGGAUUGAUUCAUCGGGACUUGGCCGCUCGCAACAUUCUUGUGGAUCACAACGGCGACCGUGAUUAUGUCAAAAUCUCAGACUUCGGCUUGGCGCAAUUCGCCAAUUCCGAUGGAUAUUACUACGCGAAGAGCAGACGAGAUAUUCCCAUUAAGUGGUAUUCCCCGGAGGCCAUCUCCACCUGCAGAUUCUCAUCGUACUCGGACGUUUGGAGCUAUGGCGUUACGCUGUUUGAGAUGUUCUCCCGAGGCGAAGAGCCCAACCUGACGCCGAUGCAGACAUCGCAAGACGACUUCCUCAAUCGUCUCGAGAACGGCGAACGAUUAAAUCGCCCGAAAAGUUGCCCCGACUUUAUGUACGACCUGAUGCUGUUGUGCUGGCACGCCACUCCACGUUCGCGGCCCAAUUUCGCCGCCAUUGUGGACAUCAUCACACGGGAAGUGGCCACCAAGGUGUCGCACCCGGCGGAUGGCCACCAGUCGCCGCCGAACUUGUCGCCGGAGGCCGAGUGAGAGGAGACGAGUGUUCCAAACACAACAGAAUGAUAUACACAUAUUUAGGAAUACGAUUUUUUUAAGCUGUUAGCAUUUAAACUGUACGUUUUUAAAACAACACAAUCAAACCCCAAAUCACUUGACGUAACCCUUGGCUUGAUGCGCUUUCGGCAGAAUCACAUUACCCCAUCCAUCCAUCCCCCCAUUCACAUCAAAACACAAAACACUCACGCUUUUGCAAGCCUUUUCGGAUUCUCGCCAGAACUCAGUUUUAUUCUUGUGCUAAUCAUUGACCCCCUUUCACGUCCCCUCGCCCCCACUCUUGACUCAGCGGAUGCCCCGACUUUAUAUAUAUAUGAACAUAUAUAAACAAUUCUCAACCUACUUUGUGUUAUACAUUUUAGCCCACUUUGUUAAAUAUUGUUAAGCUAAAGCUUCAAUUUUUUGUAAUGCCCACGCAUAAACGCUAAACUAAAUAUAAUGUGUAAAUAAUAAUUGAAUUAGUUAAGGGUUUCAACAAAAACGGCAACACACGGCAAUUUACACAAAAGAUCGAAGGACGGAUCGAAAGGAUCGGUUCCGCGGAUCGACUAUUAUUAAUCUAUAAAAUCAUGUGCACAUAUAGUCCUAAGGUAUGUCAAUUAAUGUUGAUCAAAUGCCAUUUUAACCUACAAUGCUUCGAAACAGAAACGAAUUAUAUAUUUACAAGCUAUACAAGCCACUAUACAAGCCGGUAUAUGCACAACUACACAACCGCAGGCACAAUAACUUAUUAUUGAUGUUAACGAAAAUGGAUAUUUCCGAAAUAAAUCAAUUUUCUUACGUGUUUAAAAAUGAA